GACGCCGGACGGAAGCCGGGCCGGGCCGGGCCGGGCGCCGCUGGUGCCGCGCGGCCGCGUCCGUAGUUACCGGCCGGGCGGCCGAGCGGGCCGGGCAUGGCGCCGCCGCGCUGCAUCUGCGAGAUCUGCUCCUGCGGACGCCAUCGCUGCUGCCACAGAGUCACAAAGAUUUAUGAUGAUGGAGUGCAGGCAAGCCACACAACUGAGUAUGUGGAGAAGUACCCUGGCUAUGGCAACAUCUGCCCUCCUGAGAGCUGCAAGCCCAAAGCAGAGCUGCCAGAGGAUCAGGGGAGAAUGGACGGCACCACGACGUUCAAGUCUGAUUAUUUACCAUAUGAAAUUGUCCCGAGACCUUUUCAGCCACAUGCAGAAUACAGACCAAAGUCAGGGAAGAUUGACCUGGGAACCAUAUACCAGAGAGAUUACAAUCCUCAUAAAGUAGGACCUGUGAUAUUAGCAAGGCCUCGAGAGAGGAAACACACUUCAGAUGCAAAAGUGGAUACGAUCCCGACUUACCGAGAUGACUAUAGGUUACGGAAAGGCGAAAGAGCGGAAUCCUGUAAGGUGGAGCAGGCAUAUGAGCCACCUUCGGAGAGGUUUGGAAAUCCUUCUACAUUUCAAGAUGACUACAUCCCCAGGCAACCCAAUCCACCCCCAAGCUUUAAACCUUGUGAAACCAAGCUGGCAGAGGGGCCCUUUGAUGCCAACACCAUCCAUCGCAUGGCCUACGUCGUCCAUGAGCUGGAGCCCAUGUUCGUAAGGCCAAGAGAAGAGUACAAGCCAUGCGACCAACCCUUUGAGGAUCUCACAACCCACCAGAGAGAUUUUAAAGGGAUGCCUGGGGAACAAGCAAAAAGCUGCAAGCCUGAAAACAGAAAACUUGGAUCUGAUGAUCCUUUUAAAGGAACCACUGAAUUCCAGGAUCGCUAUCAGCCGUAUUUGGUCACUGCACCUGAGUUCCAGAAACCCAGAGAGUACGUCCCACCCACAGACAAGAUGGACCUCAAGUCCACAAACCGUCUUGAUUACAUUAAACACAAGGUUGCUCCUAGAGCUCCCAUAAGACCAGCUCCUGGAAGAAAAAGCACUGGCCCUUUUCAAGGGAAGACUACUACAAAAGAAGACUAUCAGCCCUGGACGGUUUGUCCGCCAGGACUUAUUAAGAAAGAAGAGGAAAUUCAGAAAUUCACAGGAAAAUUUUCUAGUUUAACUACAUUCAGAUCCCAUUACAUCCCACAUCAAGCCAACCCACCUCAAAGUUUCAAACCUGUGCAGACUGUAUCCAAGGCAGUUCCUUUUAAAGAUGAAACUUUGUAUCGCACUGAAUAUAUUCCGAAGAAGCAAGAGAUCUGCCCAGCGCUGCAACCAGACGCUGCGGGCUAUGUCUAUGUAAACACAGAUUCUGAGGGUCACAAAUUCUACCGCCAGCUGUCUCCAGAACCUUCUAGCUGUAAUUCUAUUGCAGAGGAAGUACCUGCUGUGUCAUAAUAAUAUGCAAUAUUUCAAGCACCUUGGUGAAAUAAUUGGAAAGCAAAUUGUUCAUUUUCUCUUUAAAUAAAAAUACUGAAAGCAAAUUAAAUACUGAAAAUUUUGCUUUUAGACAUUUGAAGAAAACCAAAGCCAAACCAAAGUUUAUUACAAGACUAAUAAAGAUCUGCCAAAUGCUGAAGGAACACUACUCUCUACGUGGCAUCUAUCCUUUUUCUGACUGCAUUCUAGUUUCCUUGACUCCCCAGAUUUCAUCAUACUCCAUUUCAAGCAUAUUUAUAAACAUCUCAAUGUAUUUAUAUCCAUCUCAAACAUAUUUAUAUCAAGAUAUUUUCUGCAAAUGAUUGUAUUUGUGAAAUAGCCAGUGUCUUUUGCUGAUAAACUAUUUUACACAGUGAGCAAAUAAUGCUAUUUACAAUAAUCUAAGAAAUCAUUCAUAAUCUCAGUGAUCUGUAAGAUUUUUUCUUUAUAUUUUACUGCCUAGAUCAUAAGAUAGCAUGCCAUGACACCUAGGCAUUUCUAAAAACCUGGUUUUAGCUUUAGUCAUCACUACUUUAAAUUCCCACUGUAAUUUCUGGUAACAAUUUAGAGGUGGUAACCUCAUUCUUUUUCUAUACACAUACUUGAAACCACUCAACCACCAAAAGCAGUUCAUUAGACUCUGUUUCCUAAUUUCCCUGAUUGUGCUCUUUCAGCCUUACUUCCAAAGGAAACAAAACUGAUGCACGUUGGACACACUGACACACUUAGUGCAUGUGUCUUCCCUGGCUGAAUCAUCUUUAAACCCAGUGUGCAAAUUCAAUCAAAUCUCAUGAUGAGACUGCAUAGAUUUACAGAAAAUAGAGUAAACUCAGAAAUACCAGCUGAGGUGCAGAAAUCUGUAGGCAGCCUGACUUCAGUCUGUCUGCUCUUCAAAGAAUUGCUUGUUCCAAAUACACAGAUGCCAAUUUUUUACACAAAUUUUACACUAAAUUGCUUCUGUACGAAAUAUUUAGUAUUUUCUCUAUGUGUCUUUAGCUGAUUUUUGAGAAAUCGAGAUGAAUCAAUUUAAUUUUAUUACAUCCAUGAUUUAAGCAAGUCCCAAUUAAUUGUUCUGUAAUUAACUAUUAUUAUGCUCUAUCACACUACUCCAGUAUGACUUUUUUCUCAGUGUUGCAUAUCUUGUACCCAUUGGUGUAGAACAGUAUUUGGGUUCUGAAUCAUGUGGCUGUACUUCAUAAACAAAGUCUCUUAUAAAACAGCCAAGAUCAAUGAUGGAAACAUUUUUAAAGCAGGAACUUGUUCAUGUGAAAGCAAGAAAGCUGAACUGAGCAAAUCAGCUGUGCACAAAAUCAUUGCAUGAAAGGGAUCCAGACAUUAUUAGAGCAGCUGUCACUUUUACAGAAGUUUUGUCUUUGUACUGUGUUUUUGUAGUAUCACUCUGUUAAUGACAUAGCAAACCAGUUUUACUUUUGUGUCUGAAAAUUAGAGUGAACAAGGAUGAUGUAAAUCUGUAAGAUCCUAAAAGCAGGACGGAAAAAGUCCAAUUGAUUGUCAUCUUUCUGUACCACAGCAGAAAAAACACACUCUAUUGAGUCAUUUUCUGUCAUGCCACUAGUGAGGAAACAAAGCCAAACUUUGCACAGUCACACCUACCCAGGUCCACAUCCUACACAGUCCUGGUUCCUCUGGAGCUGGUUACAGAAGCUCCCAAUGCCAGCCAGCUCUCCUUUCUAGGGAGGGAGAAAUGCAGCCUGAAUCCAUGAAGUCACAUGUGCCUGUAUGUUCUGCUGGGUCUGUGAGGGAGCCCAGAUGCUUCUUAAAAUUUUCACAGCUGUUUUUUCAGUUCUGAAGUCACUUCCCUCCCUUAAGUGAUGGAAAGUCAUUUGCUGCCACCUACCAGCACGGUACAAACAUUUUGAGAGGAAGGGAAGUGGAGGGCAUAUUCGAUACAUUUAACAGUUCCUCUGCAGAUGUGUUUGAAAGCUUUUUUAGGGUGGAGGGACAUAUUUCCUUUCAUUUUGUCCUUUAUGUUUUCCCCUAAGUUUAAUAGUGAAAGAGAGAAGCCUUUAUUACUUCACAAUUGAAAAAGCCCCAACACACUGAUUGUGCUUCCAGGAAAAGCAUCAAAUGAUAUUAUAAACCUUCAGACACUAUUCAAUACCUGACGUCAACUUUUUCAUAAGCAACAAAUUACUGAAAUGCAGACUAAAUGAAGAGACGGCUGGAAAACUUACAUUUUUCCAAAAUAACAGCUUUUUAAAAAGCAUUUUAUGAUGUCAUGCUUAACCAAGAUGUAAAAGCAGAAGUUAUUCAUGGAUUCAGUUGCUGUUCUGAAAGUGCUUUCUGUGCACUCUACAUCCAGCAGCAGGCUCCACAGCACUGCUGUACAGAGCCUUUGCUUUUUUAAAAGACUGCACAAGUGGAAUUCAAAGGAAAAUUAAGCCUUUGCCAAUAUUAUCAUUUAGGAUAACUCUGAAACACCAUUACAUUGUUAGACAUUUAUUUUCUAUUCAAUAAAAAAAUUUUUACAGCUUUUAUUGUUCUAUUUCUUAGACUAUUCUUUCUAAAGACUAUUUACAAAGACUAUUCUGAAACAAUUUCUUUUUCAUGGAAGUAUUCCCAUCACUCACUAAAUACAAAACAUAGAGCUGUUCUGUCAGAUGUAAAUGAACUCUGCUUGGUGAAGACCCAGAAAAGACAUGCAAUUUUAUUCCACCUUUUAAAGAAUCCCAAUUCCAGAUUUAAGUGAAUCAGAGCUGACAUUUGGAUUUUGGCAAAUUAUCUUCCCACUUUUUCAGUCAGUUUACAUCUAUGUUAUCUAUUAAUAGCAAUGCAAAGCAGACUGCAGUGAAGUUGACAAUGUCUGAUAGACUGUUAAAAAUAACAACAAGAACUAAUCUGAGGCUUUGAAAAAAUCCCAGAAUUAUGGACAAAGUAGG